GGGACUUGGCCGGCUCCGGCAGCGAUUCUGACGGCUCUGCGCAAGCUGCGAAGCGACGGGACUGUGCCCGCUGCAACCGGCCGCCCCGCGUUUGCGUCUGCCCGGCUCUGCCUGAGGUGCCCCUCAGGCUUCGGGGCAAGGUGUUCAUCCUCCAACAUCCGUACGAGCUCAAGAAGCGCAUGGCCACGGUGCCGCUGCUGACACGCUGCCUGGACGCGGCAUCACUCGCCGUGCUGCCGGCACGGCGGCUGCAGCAACCCGGCAAGAGCCCCGAGACGGACGCGAUGCUGGAGGGCGCGGCUCGCGGCGACUACCCCCUGUAUGUGCUGUUCCCCGGGCCAGGUGCCAAGGACCUGGCGGAGGUGGCAAACAGCGAGCCACACGGCGCCCGGCUGCAGGCGGCGGCGGCCCGGCGGCCGGCCGACGGGCCUGGGCAGGCGGACCCGGUAGCAGCUGAGCCUGCCGGCGUGCCCGGCACGUUGGCUGCUGCUGGUGCCAGCGCCGCUGCUAGCGCUGCUGCUAGCGCUGAUGCUAGCGCUGGUGCUGGUGCUGCCGACGGAGGUCCUGAGGCGCCAGCGCAUCCUGCCUACGUGCUGGUGGUGGUGGACGGCACGUGGCGCCAAGCCAAGGAGAUGUUCAAGCACGUGGCGGGCCGUUGCCUGCCUCCUGGCGGUCCCGGCGUACAGGUGUCCCUGAAGCCGUCGGACGUGCUACCGGCUGCGCCGCCGCCGCCGCCACACGCAGUGGAGCCGGGCGCGGAUGCACCGCCACCAGCUGCUUCUGCUGCUCAGGCGAUGGCCGCUGCAGGGGCCCAGGGACUGGGGUGGGGACUGGAGCAGAACGGCGCGGCUGGCGUGGGCGCAGACGCAGCAGCUGCUGCCGUGGGUGCUGCUGACGAGCAGCUCCAAUACGACCCCAACAUGCCGUGCCUCAUCCGGAAAGAGCCCGUGGAGGGCUUCGUCACCACCUACGAGGCGACCGCUCGUGCCCUGGGCCUGCUGGAGCGCAGCCCGCACCUGGCCGACAGCCUGCUGGCGCCGCUGAGGCUCAUGACACGGCUGCAGGCGGCGUUUGAUCCAGCCAUCCGCUCGCGGAUGCUGCAGCUUCCUGAGCCACCCAAGCCGCAGCAGGGCAAGGCUGCAGGCGGGGCAGCUCCAGCGGAGCGGCGCUGAGUGAUCAUGCUCCAGCGGGGCGCAACGCGGCCCCGGCUGGAAGAGGGGGCUGGGCGGAGGGCGCGAAGGGAACGAGGAGGAACCGAGGCAAGACCUUGGCGUCAUCGAGGCAGGUAUGUACAGGCCCCAGACUCUUACAAAGACAAGUACAUGUAAAUCUGGAUCGCG